UUAAUAAUUGCAAUGGGCGCUGCGGAGGUAAAAGAGGUAAAGUUUGAAGAGCUCCGCGAUGGGUUGAACAACAAUAGCCUUAUUUAUUUAGAUGUACGCAAUAGAGAUGAACUUCGUACUGAUGGAAAAGUGAUUGGGAGUGUAGUGGUUCCCUUGCCAGAAUUGGAAAAUGCAUUUAGUUUAGGAGAUGAAGAAUUCCUGGCCAAGUAUGGUUUCUCUAAACCAGCUAAAGAUGCCACAAAUGUAGUGGUUGGCUGCAAAUCAGGACGUAGGGCUGCAACAGCCAUUGGAAUUCUUGAGAAGCUUGGAUACACUUCAUUGGCGAUCUACAAGGGAAGCUUCCUGGAUUGGCAGGCCAAGGGUGGACCUAUUACGAAAGAACAACUGCCAUAGUUACCUGGAUCACACCUUCAGCUAUGUGUCACUUUUAUAAUUAUAUGUAUGGCACACACACAACAUUCUUCUCUGCCUUAUUAAUCAUUGCCCAACAGGUUUGUUAUCAAAACCAUACUAUCCAUACUACUGCCUUUGCUUUUCUUAUUAUUUUAGUUGUCUUAUGGUGCUGGAAAUAAAGAUAAACGUUCAAAGCAAAA